AAAUCCUUUACAUUCGAUUAUGUAUUUCCUUCGGAUAUUGAACAAGAAGAUGUAUUUCAUGGUUGCGCAAGUCCACUAAUAGAUAAACUGGUGGAAGGCUAUAAUGUCACUAUUUUAGCAUAUGGUCAAACUGGCAGUGGUAAAACAUAUACUAUGGGUACAACUUUAGACGGUUCAAAUAUUCCACUCGAACAUCAAGGAAUCAUUCCACGUGCCAUAAGAAAAUUAUUUGCUGACCUUCACGAACGAAAAGAAAAAAAUCCUUCUUAUGAAUUUGAAGUUUAUGUAUCAUUCUUAGAAUUAUAUAAUGAAGAUUUUAAAGACUUAUUAUACCCACAAAGUAGAGAAAAUAAUAAAAAAGGAAAAUGUGAUUUAAUGAUAAGAGAAGAUGCAAACGGUCAAAUAUAUUGGGCUGGUGUAAAAGAAGUUCAAGUUUCAGACCUAGACGAACUCUUGGAACAAUUACAAAAGGGUUCACUACGUAGAACUGUCGCUUCGACAGAUAUGAAUAUGGUAUCUUCAAGAUCACACGCUAUAUUUUCCAGUAGACAAAAAACAUUGACAUCAAAAGUAGCUUCAAAAUUUCAUUUUGUAGAUUUGGCUGGUUCAGAAGGGUUAAAGAGAACUAACGCCGUAGGUGAUAGAGCAAAAGAAGGAAUAGCAAUUAAUGGUGGUUUACUAGCCCUUGGUAAUGUAAUUAGUGCUCUUGGUGAUGAAUCAAGAAAGUUCACUCAUAUUCCUUAUAGAGAUUCAAAAUUAACACGUUUGUUACAAGAUUCACUUGGUGGUAAUAGCCAAACUCUUAUGUUGGCUUGUGUUUCACCAGCUGAUUCUAAUUUUAUGGAAACCUUAAAUACGCUAAAAUAUGCUAAUCGUGCUCGUAAUAUUAAGAAUAAAGUUAGUGUUAAUGAA